AUGUCUGCAUAUGUCCCGAACCUUUCCAGUCCCCUUUCUUUGCAGGAUCCCAUGAGUAAGCUGUGGCGGCGCGGAAGCACCUCUGGGGCUAUGGAGGCCCCUGAGCCAGGGGAAGCGCUGGAAUUGAGUCUGGCGGGUGCCCAUGGUCACGGAGUGCACAAGAAGAAACACAAGAAGCACAAGAAGAAACACAAAAAGAAACACCACCAGGAAGAGGAGAGCGGGCCCAUGCAGCCAUCUCCUGCCAAGCCCCAGCUCAAACUCAAGAUCAAGCUGGGUGGGCAGGUGCUAGGCACAAAGAGUGUUCCUACCUUCACUGUGAUUCCUGAGGGACCUCGCUCACCCUCUCCCCUUAUGGUUGUGGAUAAUGAAGAGGAACCUAUGGAAGGAGUACCCCUUGAGCAGUACCGUGCCUGGCUGGAUGAAGACAGUAAUCUGUCUCCCCCUCCACUUCGGGACCUGGCAGGUGGCUUAGGGGGUCAGGAGGAAGAGGAGGAACAGAGGUGGCUGGAUGCCCUGGAGAAAGGGGAGUUGGAUGACAAUGGAGACCUUAAGAAAGAGAUCAAUGAGCGCUUGCUUACUGCUCGACAGAUAUCGCUUCUCCAUCUUCUCCGUUUUCUGACACUACCCGGUCUCUGUCCCCUGCCAGCGAGCUCUGCUCCAGAAGGCGCGGAGUCAGCCUUCCCCGAUGCUGCCGCUCCCUAUGGCUGGGGGCUGCCCGGCCCCUGCCCUGACAGAGGAAAUGCUGCUGAAGCGGGAGGAAAGGGCGCGGAAGCGGCGGCUGCAGGCUGCACGGCGGGCAGAAGAGCACAAGAACCAGACCAUCGAGCGCCUCACCAAGACUGCAGCGCCCAGCGGGCGGGGAGGCCGGGGAGCUGCUCGAGGCGAGCGGCGGGGAGGGCGGGCCGCGGCCCCGGCCCCUAUGGUGCGCUACAGCAGCGGUGCACAGGGCUCCACCCUGUCCUUUCCACCUGGCGUUCCUGCCCCCGCUGCAGUGUCCCAGCGGCCAUCCCCAUCAGGCCCUCCUCCGCGCUGCUCUGUCCCUGGGUGCCCCCACCCGCGCCGCUACGCCUGCUCCCGCACCGGCCAGGCGCUCUGCAGCCUGCAGUGCUACCGCAUCAACCUGCAGAUGCGGCUGGGGGGUCCGGAUGGCCCGGGAUCACCUCUUUUGGCUACUUAAGGCAAGGACCUAACGCGGACCCGGCGCCCUGUCCCCUGCCUCCUGGUUUUGGUGUCUUCCCCUGUUCCCCCACCGUAUUAAAUUUCAUCCGGUGCCUCGGUUUGUACAGAAUUGGGGUAAUGGGAUAUGAGCAGACCAAUCCCCCGUACACACACACACCUUGCCCCCGCUGCAGCUUGCGCAGACACCUGUGGCCUGAAAACGGCCGCAGGAAGACCGACCAGACAGCCCCCGGCCUCUUCCAGUGGGGAUUACCUGGCGUAGUACGGAGUUUGGCGUCAUCUCGAAAAUAUGGCCCAAGCCAAUCGGGGGAAAGUUGA